CUAUAAUUAUUCACAGAUGAAGUCGCGGGCGUCGCUAGUUCUUUGAUAAAGCUAUACAGGUAAAGUCAUAUUAAUAAUUUUGCUAUGAUGGCGGUUUCAGAUCCCCUAACAUAUGAAAAAUGCGCGCUGGAAGACUCUGAAUGUAUAAUAAAGCAGGCACAGGCUGCACUUCCUUCGUUCGUGCAAGGUAUACCGGAACUUGGUAUCAAAAAGUUGGAUAAAUUGCACAUGGAUAAAAUUACUAUCGAUAUACCGGGUAUAUUCUCCGAGUUGACGAAUGUAGAAAUCGGAGGCUUGAGUAAUGCAAUUAUUGACGAUAUCAGCAUCAACGUGCCUUACAAAAUUAUGCGUAUAUCAUUUAAUACGGACCUAAAUACUGAGUGUGAUUACAAACUUAACGGAACAUUAUUUGGAUUUCCGAUUUUUGGAAACGGGAAAGGUCACUUUAGCUUGAAGAAUUUACAAAUAGAGAUGAUUAUUAUUUUCGACAUUAUUAAAAGCGAUCAAGGCAAGGACAUUCUUGAUUUCAAGUCAUAUAUGUAUGGCGCGGAUGCAAUUGAUGGCUUGCAUUCACACUUUGAAAAUAUGUACAACGGAGACAAGGAAAAGAGUGACAUGUACCAUGAACUAGUCAACAAGAACUGGCGACUAAUAGUAACAAACUACGGCAGAUACUUCACUCCUUUAGUCGUUAAGGAAAUGUACGAAGGUGUGAAGACUGCUAUGUGCUCUCGGAAUUUAGAAGACUUAGCACUGUAUGGAAAAAGUGAAAAAUAAUAUGUUUGUAAUAAAGCGCUUUUAUUAGUUUCAAUAAUUUGGAUUAUAAUGAGUUAGCUAUUCUGUUAAUGCAGUAAAUGUAUUUUCUUUAGAUUAUAUAAUUUAAAAUUAAGUUGUACAUUUUGAUUCAUGUGUUACCAUAAUAGUUUGAUAAUCACACUUUUUUAAAAAACUUGCAUACCAGAGAAUUUUCUUAAUUCUCUGCGUAAAGUCUGCCAAUCCGUAUUGGGCCAGCGUGGUGGACUAUUAGCCUAACCCCUCUCAUUCUGAGAGGAGACUCGAGCUCAGCAGUGGGCUGAAUAUUGGUUGAUAAUGAUAAU